UAUUGAAAUAUGAAGUUGCACAUUUUAGUCAAACUACCUACUUAAAAUACCCUAGACACAAGGUGCAUGAGGUAAUAUGUUUUGUUGGACUAACUACUUUUGGUGUUCUUGCCCCCUGUUGUCUUCAGAUUUGUUUAUUUUUCACAAAUCUAGCAGAUUUACUAAUAGUGGCUGGUUUCAGAGUAGCAGCCGUGUUAGUCUGUAUUCGCAAAAAGAAAAGGAGGACUUGUGGCACCUCAGACUAACCAAUUUAUUUGAGCAUAAGCUUUCGUGAGCUACAGCUCACUUCAUCGGAUGCAUUCAGUGGAAAAUACAGUGGGGAGAUUUAUAUACACAGAGAACAUGAAACAAUGGGUGUUACCAUACACGCUGUAAUGAGUGAUCACUUAAGAUGAGCUGUUAUCUCCUUGUAGAGGUCCAGUAAUUGUAGGCCCACUCAGUUGUCUGUUAUAGAGGAAUUCCGUUACAGUUAAUGGAGAAGGGUGUUGUAUGGUUGUCAGACAACCAUACGCUUCGGGAAAAUUUCCUUGCCCCACAGCACUGGAAAGACAUUCCAUGCUAGUGAAGUGAGCAGUGUACCUCACAGGUGUGAGCAGGGGCACUGCAGCCUCAUCACACAAGCUGGCUGCGGGCGGGUACUUACACUUCGGAUGGUUUUCAGCACAAAGCGGGAAAACGUUUCAGCCAUUGCUGCAGUAGCCCUCGGCGCAUAAUAAAUGCAGUGGCAAGAGGCUUGCUGUGGGGUAAGACGGUAAACAAGCCACUGUGCAAUAACCUGAUGUCUCCUCCAUAGGUGAAUCUAAAAGUGGUGGUUUUGCUCCACAGCUCUCUCCUGUAAGAGAUGGUGUAUUAAUCACUCAUUGGCUUAACUACAUAUUUCACAGGAACAUAUUCCUCUUUAAUGCCCCCUGGUAAGGGGAAAAGUUCAGUGCAAUGAUACAUUUGCUGUUUAGUAGCUUAGUUUAAAAACUAAAUCCCACUUUUUCAGUCUAGGACAAAGUUUGGGAGGCCAGAGACUUAAAUUUUUCUACACAACUUUUCUCCUAGGAUUUCCUUUGUGACCAUGGGUAACUCGGCCUAAGUGUACAGAAUAAGAGGCUUGAUUUUUUUUUUUUGUAAUGUUCCUUGAGCUUCUCAGAGGGACUCUGUAGAAAGGCAAAUAUUUAAAAUUAAAGCUCCAUGCACUGCCUGUCUGAUGAAAAAUGGCAGGUGUAUUUUUUGCUGAUCUCUAGCUGAGUGUUUCCCAGGGAAAAUUUUUUUCCACUUAAGCUGUUCACUUUGCAUAUUCUGUGCAUUCCUUCCUUCCUUUUGCAUCACCAGCAAUACAAUAUUCUGCAGCUCCAAUUCCAGCCACAGUCAAACCUGCCAAACUACUUGUUCAUACACACAAGUGAGGGCAGCCUUCUGACUCACCUGUGGGAAUGUGACGAACAAUUCUGUUGAUGCAGGAGACAGAAUGGAAUCAAUUUCCUUCCUCAUGGCUGCAGCAUUUCAAGGAAUAAAAAUUUAUCAUAGAAGCUAGGAUAUAGUGUUUCGACUACACACAGGACACUUACAAAGUUACAAGUUUAGUCACUUCUGCUUCGUAACCCCACCUAGUGAAGCAGUGUUAAGAGAGGGGUGGGUACUUGAAACCUCUUCGGGAGAGUAAUGAGUCACCGUGUGACCCUAAGCUAGUGUUCUGUUUUCCCCGAACUGCCUGAAAAUAUCCAGCUAUCCUCUCCAUAAUCCAUGCUAAUCUCCAGUUGUGCCCACAUUUGCAGUUUCCUUAGUGUUUUAAUCCCCUACAUUUGAGAGCCUAGAACUGCAGCAGCUGUCCAUCUCUGCUUUGUGAUGAGUGAAUUCCUUCCCCACCCAUCAAAUUUGCUGUCUUUUAUGAGAGAAGAUAAUGGGUCCAAGUCUCCAGCCUUUACACGUUACAGCCUCUCUUUCAAUUAUUACAGUAAACUCAAGCCCUUCGGAGCCCUCCUCAACUUUCUCUCUACUUGACUAUCAAGCUCCCUUACUGUGCAAGCUAUUCCUAUUGCUACGACUUCCUAUUAACUCUGUUCCCUGGCAAGUGGAGCUGAUGAGGUCUGCUGGCUAAAUCGUGGGACUGGACUUCAGGAGAGUUCUCGUCCCAGCUCUACCACUGAUCACCUGUGGGACCUUGGGUAAGUCGGUUCCUACUUGCUUCCCCUUCCAGCUUGUUCCUGUUGCUCCUAUUUAGAUCAUAAGCUCUUUGGAGCAGGGACUGCAUGGUUUUUGUACUGCACCUAGUAGUAUGGACAGCCCCGUUCUUAGCUGCUGUAACUGCUCUAAAUAAUGUCACCAGUGAUUUCCUUUUGGCCAAAUGUAAGGGCCUGCUCUCCUUUCUGCCACUUUUAGUACAGUUGAUCACUCGUGUAGGCUUUUGCAAUUCCACGUGCACUCGGUGUUCUCCUACCCUCAAUCACUCAUUCAGUGUCUUGUGCUUCUGUUCUUUCUCAGGGUUCUGGGCCCUUCUCUUCCUGGUCUACUUGCAUCAGCAUAGACGGCUUUCCCCUGUCUGUUCGCACAUCUGUUUUUUGACACCCAAAGCUGGUUGUCUUGCUGCUUGCAUUACAAAGAUGAAUGGAAGGUCCUGGUCACCCUUCGCUAGACUCGUUCACUAUUUGAGAUACUUUUAGCCGGGGCCGGCUCCAGGCACCAGCGUUCCAAGCAGGUGCUUGGGCCGGCCCUGUGAAAGGGGCGGCAGUCCGUGCGCCAUUGGGGCGGCACUCGCCUUUCCACGGCCACUCGGGCGGCAAAAAUGGUAGAGCCGGCCCUGCUUUUAGCAUGUCCCUUUAUGAGCUGAAAUAAUCCCAGUUUUUCCAAUUGCUUUUCAGAGGAGAGAUUUUUCUCCAGUACAAAUGUUCUCAAUCUGAGGAGCCCGCUCUUUGUGCUCCAAAGGGUCAGAGACCCCAUCACUUUUUCUCUUGUCAUUUAAAAAUAAUUUUCUAGCCCUUAUAGUUGCAGAGAACUUUGAAAAUAUGAACAAUUGAAGUGGUGCCUGUCUACCAUUACAGAGCGCCUGAAAACAGCACUGAAGGAUGUGACCCACCCCUUCAUCACAGUCAAGGGCCUGGAGCCUCUGCCAUUCAACAGCCAUAGAAAUUGGCAUUUUUUUUCCCCCAUGAUGCCACAGCAAUCAGUAAUUCACCAUGGAAUGUGCCACUUUGAUACAAACUUGGUGUUUUGUUUUUGUCUCCCUGCUGGGCCCGGCCUGCAUCUGCCUCUUCAUUUAUAGGUUUCCCCUGCACGGGGAGUUAACUGGAUCACCGCACGUGCUCCCUGCCCUGGUCCAUAGAACCAGGCAACAGGGCAGUCACAGCCAUCCCUUCUAUGGAUCUUUCAGCUGCAGCCUGAAUUUGCUUUCUAGCACUCAUUGCAAAGCACUUCUGUAACACUUUGUACCUCAGGGGAACACCCAGCAUCCCCAUGUUCAUCCUUGUAAAAUGAUUGUGUGGUAUCCGGUGUCUUCAGAAGGCCCAUGAUGCCCUGAGAUUGUUGUUAUAGUAAUUGUUACAGCAAUGUUAUAGGUUGUAAUUUCAUUGUAUAGUUAUGAGGCUGAAAAUGUGUCUUCACGGCUUAAAAUAAGCCCAGGCAAAAACUCUCCAAAAGCAGGGAGGCAGUUCACACCUCAUCAGGGCAGGUACGGGACAAACCCAGCCCAGGAACAAAGGACGCUGGCCUAGGCAGCAACAAAGGAUCUGUUGGACUCUUGAGUGAGUCACCCCCUUCCUUUGGUCAGUUUGGGACUGCAAUGAGGGGGUGGGAGGUACAAAGCCAAGAGGGAAGAAAGAACAUGAUAAAGAGAGACAUUUGCCAUGCUCUUCCUCUCUCUUCCACCUACUGUACAUCUACAGUCACCAUGCCCACCGAGUGACUGAAGCAGCUGAUCGAAGGGGAGAGCCUGGCUGAAGGGCAACCAGCCAGUGGUGAGAAGCAUGUUUGUAAGGGCACCAAACGUGUUAAGAUCAGCUUUGAACGCAUUUUUGUUUUUAUUUCAUUUGACAAAUCCAACUUCUUGUGCUUAGAUUUUAAGUGAUUAUAAGUCAAUCUUUGUAGUGAAUAAAUCUGUUUGUUCUACUGAAGCAGUGUAUUUGGUUUUUGAAGUGUGUCAGAGACUCGCCUUGGGCCUGGUACAUCGCAAUUUCUUCAGAAAAAGAACAGUAGUGAUAAUCAAGAUGACCGAUUUACACAGUUGACAAGAAGGUGUGAGGAUACUUAACAUGGGGAAAUAGAUUCAAUAUGUGUAAUGACCCAGCCACUCCCACUCUCUGUUCAAACCCAAGUUAAUGGUGUCUAGUUUGCCUAUUAAUUCAAGCUCAGCAGUUUCUCCUUGGAGUCUUUUUGAAGCUUUUUCUGUUGCAAAAUUGCUACCCUUAAAUCUUUUACUGAAUGACCAGAGAGGCUGAAGUGUUCUCCUACUGGUUUUUGAAUGUUAUGAUUCCUGGUGUCAGAUUUGUGUCCAUUUAUUCUUUUGCUUAGACUGUCCGGUCUGGCCAAUGUACAUGGCAGAGGGACAUUGCUGGCUCAUGAUGGCAUCUAUCACACUGGUAGAUGUGCAGGUGAACGAGCCCCUGAUGGCGUGGCUGGUGUGAUUAGGCCCUAUGAUGGUGUCACUUAAACAAAUAUGUGGACAGAGUUGGCAUCAGGCUUUGUUGCAAGGAUAGGUUCCUGGGUUAGUGUUUUUGUUGUGUGGCUGCUGGUAUUUGCUUCAGGUUGGGGGGCUAUCUAUAAGUGAGGACUGGCCUGUCUCCCAGUUUGUAUGGCAACUUCCACCUUCUCUGUGUGUGUGUACAUAUAUAUAUUCCAUUCUAUGCAUCUGAUGAAGUGGGCUGUAGCCCCCAAAAGCUUAUGCUCUAAAUUUGUUAGUCUCUAAGGUGCCAUAAUUACUCCUUUUCUUUUGGCGGAUACAGACUAACACAGCUUCUACUCUGAAACCUGCAAUUUCUUUGUUAAAUUGACAAACUCAUAUAUGCUUGCAGUAUCCAGCGGGCAUAACUGGACACUGGAAGAUGGAGGUUCCUAGGGUUGUGUCUGGGACCAGAGAUAUUGGCUGCUGGCAUUAGGUUGCACAAGCCAAGGAGUGGCUUACAUGCCAGAGGCUGUGCGUGAACAGCCCGGGAGUGAGGGUUCUCACAGCAGAGCAGGGUCAGGCUGGCUCCCAGAGUCAAGGUUUGGAGUGACCAAGCAGAUCACCGGUCUGGCUAACACCAGAAGAGAAUGUCACUCUUCCAUGGAUCUUUCACCUGCAGCGUGAAUUUCCUUUCCAGCAGUCACUGCAAAGCACCCCCUCCAAUUCCUUGUCAGCUACUACAGUAAUCCAGAGGGGCUGUGGCAGUAACUGGCCCAAGAUUCAGCUACAGGCACAGCCAGUAAAAGGAGGGACCACUGAGCCACUUGGAGAUCAAGCAUCCAUCUUUACCAAAGAACUCAAUGAAUUCUUCAAGGAAAAGCUGAUGGUUUUACAAACCCAGGAGAUUUUUUUAUUACAUAGCAAUCAAGACAAGCUCUGGGGAGAACCACUGUCCUAAUCACUCCUCUAAUUCUCAAAAAGAAAAGGAGUACUUGUGGCACCUUAGAGACUAACCAAUUUAUUUGAGCAUGAGCUUUUGUGAGCUACAGCUCACUUCAUCGGAUGCAUACUGUGGAAAGUGUAGAAGAUCUUUUUAUACACACAAAGCAUGAAAAAAUACCUCCCCCCACCCCACUCUCCUGCUGGUAAUAGCUUAUCUAAAGUGAUCAUCAAGUUGGACCAUUUCCAGCACAAAUCCAGGUUUUCUCACCCUCCACCCCCCCACACAAAUUCACUCUCCUGCUGGUGAUAGCCCAUCCAAAGUGACAACUCUCUACACAAUGUGCAUGAUAAUCAAGGUGGGCCAUUUCCAGCACAAAUCCAGGUUCUCUCACCCCCUCACCCCCCUCCCAAAAACCACACACACAAACUCACUAUCCUGCUGGUAAUAGCUCAUCUAAAGUGACCACUCUCCCUACAAUGUGCAUGAUAAUCAAGGUGGGCCAUUUCCAGCACAAAUCCAGGUUUUCUCACCCCCCCCAACCCCCAUACACACACAAACUCACUCUCCUGUAGGUAAUAGCUCAUCCAAACUGACCACUUGAUGAUCACUUUAGAUAAGCUAUUACCAGCAGGACAGUGGGGUGGGAGGGGGUAUUGUUUCAUGGUCUCUGUGUGUAUAUAAUGUCUUCUGCAGUUUCCACGGUAUGCAUCCGAUGAAGUGAGCUGUAGCUCACAAAAGCUCAUGCUCAAAUAAAUUGGUUAGUCUCUAAGGUGCCACAAGUCCUCCUUUUCUUUUUGCGAAUACAGAUUAACAUGGCUGUUACUCUGAAUCCUCUAAUUCUGCAAUACCUCUUUUGGCAGGGGCGUGACCAGAUGCACUUUGGACUUCUGCUGUCUGUGUGACAAGAACCAGGGGAGGGGUGAAGAGACACCCCAAACACAUAAAGUGCCCUUUCUCCAAAAAGCCAGCUGUAGGUCUCCCAAGGGCUUGCAGGUCCUUGUGUUGAAGCACAGUGAGGACACAUUGAGAUCCUAAACGAAACAGCAAGAACAUCUGUCAGCCACAGCAAUGGAGGAUAAAAGAGAACUAAAACUAAACAGCAAUAGCUAAUUGCCAUCGAUUCAUGGAAGAAUUCAACUCACAACACUCCCUGAAGCCAACCCUGUAAGCCAUGUCGUCAGUCGCCCCUCCCUCCGUCAGAGCAACGGCAGACAAUCGUUCCGCGCCAUUUUUCUGUGUGGACGCCAUACCACGGCAAGCAUGGAGGCCACUCAGCUCACUUUAGGAGCACAUUAAACACCACACGCAUUAUCCAGCAAUAUAUGCAGCACCAGAACCUGGCAGAGCGAUACCGGGCGAGGAGGCGACGUCAGCGCAGUCACGUGAGUAAUCAGGACAUGGACACAGAUUUCUCUGAAAGCAUGGGCCCUGCCAAUGCAUGCAUCAUGGUGCUAAUGGGGCAGGUUCAUGCUGUGGAACGCCGAUUCUGGGCUCGGGAAACAAGCACAGACUGGUGGGACCGCAUAGUGUUGCAGGUCUGGGACGAUUCCCAGUGGCUGCGAAACUUUCGCAUGCGUAAGGGCACUUCCAUGGAAUUUGUGACUUUCUUUCCCCUGCCCUGAGGCGCAUGAAUACCAAGAUGAGAGCAGCCCUCACAGUUGAGAAGCGAGUGGCGAUAGCCCUGUGGAAGCUUGCAACGCCAGACAGCUACCGGUCAGUUGGGAAUCAAUUUGGAGUGGGCAAAUCUACUGUGGGGGCUGCUGUGAUGCAAGUAGCCCACGCAAUCAAAGAUCUGCUGAUAUCAAGGGUAGUGACCCUGGGAAAUGUGCAGGUCAUAGUGGAUGGCUUUGCUGCAAUGGGAUUCCCUAACUGUGGUGGGGCUAUAGACGGAACCCAUAUCCCUAUCUUGGCACCGGAGCACCAAGCCGCCGAGUACAUAAACCGCAAGGGGUACUUUUCGAUAGUGCUGCAAGCUCUGGUGGAUCACAAGGGACGUUUCACCAACAUCAACGUGGGAUGGCCGGGAAAGGUACAUGACGCUCGCAUCUUCAGGAACUCUGGUCUGUUUCAAAAACUGCAGGAAGGGACUUUAUUCCCAGAUCAGAAAAUAACUGUUGGGGAUGUUGAAAUGCCUAUAUGUAUCCUUGGGGACCCAGCCUACCCCUUAAUGCCAUGGCUCAUGAAGCCGUACACAGGCAGCCUGGACAGUAGUCAGGAGCUGUUCAACUACAGGCUGAGCAAGUGCAGAAUGGUGGUAGAAUGUGCAUUUGGACGUUUAAAGGCGCGCUGGCGCAGUUUACUGACUCGCUUAGACCUCAGCGAAACCAAUAUUCCCACUGUUAUUACUGCUUGCUGUGUGCUCCACAAUAUCUGUGAGAGUAAGAGGGAGACGUUUAUGGCAGGGUGGGAGGUUGAGGCAAAUCGCCUGGUUGCUGGUUAUGCGCAGCCAGACACCAGGGCGGUUAGAAGAGCACAGGAGGGCGUGGUACGCAUCAGAGAAGCUUUGAAAACCAGUUUCAUGACUGGCCAGGCUACGGUGUGAAAGUUCUCUUUGUUUUUCCUUGAUGAAACCCCCCACCCCUUGGUUCACUCUACUUCCCUGUAAGCUAACCACCCUCCCCUCCUCCCUUCGAUCACCGCUUGCAGAGGCAAUAAAGUCAUUGUUGCUUCACAUUCAUGCAUUCGUUAUUCAUUCAUCACACAAAUAGGGGGAUGACUACCAAGGUAGCCCAGGAGGGGUGGUGGAGGAGGGAAGGAAAAUGCCACACAGCACUUUAAAAGUUUACAACUUUAAAAUUUAUUGAAUGCCAGCCUUCUUUUUUUUGGGCAAUCCUCUGUGGCGGAGUGGCUGGUUGGCCGGAGGCCCCCCCACCGCAUUCUUGGGCGUCUGGGUGUGGAGGCUAUGGAACUUGGGGAGGAGGGCAGUUGGUUACACAGGGGCUGUAGUGGCAGUCUGUGCUCCAGCUGCCUUUGCUGCAGCUCAACCAUACACUGGAGCAUACUGGUUUGGUCCUCCAGCAGCCUCAGCAUUGAAUCCUGCCUCCUCUCAUCACGCUGCCACCACAUUUGAGCUUCAGCCCUGUUUUCACCCGCCACCUCUCCUCCCGGUCAUUUUGUGCUUUCCUGCACUCUGACAUUAUUUGCCUCCACGCAUUCAUCUGUGCUCUGUCAGUGUGGGAGGACAGCAUGAGCUUGGAGAACAUUUCAUCGCGAGUGCAUUUUUUUUUUCUUUCUAAGCUUCACUAGCCUCUGGGAAGGAGAAGAUCCUGUGAUCAUUGAAACGCAUGCAGCUGGUGGAGAAAAAAAAGGGACAGCGGUAUUUAAAAAGACA